AUGGGGGCAGCUACAUGUACCUUGGUGGAUCCUGGCUAGUGCUCAAUAUUUGGUUGCUGUAAGAGAAACUGUGCUAUACGUGAAAAGCAAAUUGAUAUAUGUUCCUCACCAAGUAAGAUUUGCUGUACUGAGAGGUUCUAUGAGGAAAAAUAA